AAAAUUAACCAAUAUGAAUAUCCCAAUGAAUUAUAUAAACUGGAAUUACAACAACAUGAUAAAUCAUUGAAAGAAUAUGAUUUAGAGAUAUAUCAAACUUUUUUAGAAAGUUUAGAAAUGAACAAACCAAACAUUGAAUUAUAUAAACAACAACCAUACUUGACAUUUUCAAUUAGAUUGAAAUUAAUUGACUUUUUAUUGAAAAUGUCAAUUAGAUUGAAAAUAUUACCAUUUGUUUUUUAUAAAGCAGUUAAAAUAUUUGAUAGAUACUGUUCUAAAAGAAUUGUGUUAUUAGAUCAAUCCCAGUUAAUUAUAACAACUUGUUUAUGGUUUGCAUCUAAAUUACAAGGUGGGAAUAAUCAUUUUAUUAAUUUGAAUAAUUUAGAUAAAGUCAAUUCAAUUAAAUCAAUUAAUGAUUUAGGAUAUGGUUCUGGUGGUAAAUUUAAAGGUCCAACUGAAAGAUUUAGAUUACCAAAAUUACAUGAAUUAGUUAAAUUAUGUGGUGCUAAAUGUAAAUAUGAUCAAGGGAUGUUUAAACAAAUGGAAUUACAUGUUUUAUCAACUUUAGAUUGGAAUUUUAAUGAUCCUUCAAUUGAAGAAUUUUUAAUUCAAAGUAAUGAUUUUAAUUUAAUAAAAGAAAAUGAAUUUUUCAAAAUUAAAGAAUUUUUAAGUUAUAUUUCAUUAUACUCAUACGAAUUGAUUGAUAUAAGUAUAAUCGAGUUAUCAAAAGUCAUCAUUGAUUUAAUUAACGAAACCCUCAAUUUAGAUUAUAAUGAUCAUUUCCAUCAAAAAAUUAACUACGCAUUAUUAAAUGAAAAAAAUUUUAAAAUUGAUCAAAAUAAAUAUAACUUCAUCAAGAAAAAUUUAAUUAAAUCAAUUUUAAACUCUUCAGAAUUCAUUCUUAAAUUAUUUAAUUCCAGAGGUCCCCAACAAUUUUUUUAUUCCAUCUUAUCAAUUUAU